AUGAUACCUCCAGCUCACAUUCAUACCUCUAUCACUGACAUAUCUCAUGCCAUUGAUCGUUCUUUAAAGGAUGAAUUCUUUCCCGUUGCUAAAACCCCUUCAGAAGAAGAAAAUUACUUUAUAACUAAUCCAAGACCACCUUACUUGGAUGAAUUGAUUAAUGAAGCUCAGGAAUUCAUUAAAUAUCAGCAUUCACAAGGUAGAGACAAAAUAGUCCUGGUCACCUCUGGUGGUACUACCGUUCCCUUAGAGAAUAAUACCGUUAGGUUCAUCGAUAAUUUUUCAGCAGGUACUAGAGGUGCAGCUUCAGCUGAACAAUUCUUAGCUCAGGGCUAUAGCGUAAUCUUCCUUCAUAGGGAAUUUUCACUGACUCCAUUCAAUAGAAAAUUCACUAACAAUAGUAGUCAUUCGUUUCUUGAUUAUUUUGAAGAUGAUGGUACUUUAAAAUCACAGUACAUGGCUGAAUUUAAGCAAAAUAAAGAUCUUUACGAAAAAUAUUUUGAAAAGGAGAAACGUUUAAUAAUGUUACCAUUUACUACCGUUAAUCAAUAUUUGUGGUCUCUAAAAGCUAUCGGUAAGUUAAUGAAUUUCAAAGGUUGUCUUUUCUAUUUAGCUGCAGCAGUAAGUGAUUUUUUUGUCCCUCAUUCAAAAUUACCAAAACAUAAGAUUCAAAGUAGAGAUUAUGGAAAUAACUCUAGUGAAAGCCCUAAGGAUGCUGAAACUAAUGCUACCACUACAGCAGACGGUAAAUUAAUAGUCAAUUUGGAUCCCGUACCAAAAUUCUUAAGUCGUUUGGUGAGCUCUUGGGCAAGUAGAUCCAUGAUUGUUUCUUUUAAAUUGGAGACAGAUAAAUCUAUAUUGAUCCAUAAAGCUCAAUAUGCUUUGGAACGUUAUAAUCAUCAAUUGGUCAUUGGUAACUUAUUACAAACAAGAAGCAAAGAAGUUGUCUUUGUUACACCAGAUCGCAAAGAUGGCUAUAUGAUAAAUAUAGAUGAUCAUCCAGAAGUGACUACCAUUGAGGAAUUGAUCAUUCCAGAGGUCACAAAGAUCCAUGACUCAUGGAUACAGCAUUAG